ACCGUACUGGGUGCAAUGAAAGCUCCAUGCAGGCCUUACCAUGGAAGGCUGUGACUCGCCUGUCAUCCCUGGGAAGGACAAUGGGUGUAGUAUCCCUCAGCACCAGCAAUGGACUGAACUCAACAGCACCCACCUCCCUGACAAACCCAGUAGUAUGGAGCAGUCCACCACAGAAAACCACGGGCCCCUAGACAGCCUGAGGGCCCCCUUCAAUGAGCGCAUCCCGGACAGCACCAACUCGGCUGGCCCCACCACUGAGCCUGCUAGCAAAGAGGUCAGCUGCAACGAAUGCUCGGCCUCCUUUGCCAGUUUACAGACCUAUAUGGAGCACCACUGCCCCAGCGCCCGCCCCCCUCUUCCCCUGAGGGAGGAAAGUGGGAGUGACACCAGUGAGGAGGGGGAUGAGGAGAGUGAUGUGGAGAAUCUAGCUGGAGAGAUAGUCUACCAGCCAGAUGGCUCGGCGUACAUUGUCGAAAGCGUCAGCCAGUUGAUCCAAAGUGGGGGAGCCUGUAGCAGCGGCAGUGGGGCCCUCCCGUCGCUCUUUCUGAACUCUCUCCCCAGUGCUGGGGGUAAACAGGGGGAGCCCUCUUCUGCUGCACCAGUCUACCCACAGAUCAUCAAUACUUUCCACAUAGCCUCAUCCUUCGGGAAAUGGUUUGAGGGCUCAGACCAGUCCUUUCCCAAUACCUCAGCCCUGACGGGCGUCAGCCCCGUCCUGCACAGCUUCCGCGUUUUUGAUGUGCGACAUAAAAGCAGCAAGGAUUACCUGAACAGCGAUGGUUCUGCCAAAAGCUCCUGUGUAUCCAAAGAUGUCCCCAACAAUGUGGACCUGUCCAAGUUUGACGGCUUUGUGCUCUACGGGAAGAGGAAGCCCAUUCUCAUGUGUUUCUUGUGUAAGCUCUCCUUUGGGUACGUCCGCUCGUUUGUGACCCAUGCAGUGCAUGACCAUCGAAUGACCCUGAGUGAAGAAGAGCGGAAAAUUCUUAGUAAUAAGAACAUUUCUGCUAUCAUCCAAGGAAUAGGCAAAGACAAGGAACCCCUUGUAAGUUUUCUGGAACCAAAAACCAAAAACUUUCAACACCCUUUAGUUUCUGCAGCUAACCUCAUAGGCCCCGGGCACAGCUUUUAUGGUAAAUUUAGCGGCAUUCGGAUGGAAGGGGAAGAGGCGCUCCAGGGCGCUUCGGCCAGUGCCGCAGAGCAGCCCCAGUCAGGCCUCUUGACGCCUGGGACCCUCUUGAACCUUGGCGGGCUGACCAGCUCGGCUCUGAAGACCCCAAUUACCUCAGUCCCCCUGGGCCCCCUGGCUUCCAGUCCUACCAAAUCCUCAGAGGGCAAGGACCCUGGGGUAGCAGAGGGUGAGAAGCGAGAAGCGGGUGACCGGGAUAGCCUCUCAGAGAAGGCAGAGCCAGCCGAGGAUGCGGAGGAGGAGGAAGAAGAGGAGGAGGAAGAUGCAGAGGAGGAGGAGGAAGAGGAGGAAGAGGAGGAGGAAGAGGAGGAGGAAGAUGAGGGUUGCAAAGGACUCUUUCCAAGUGAGUUGGAGGAUGAGUUGGAGGACAGGCCCCAGGAGGAGUCUGGGGCCAUGGCAGGCGGCAGCAACAAAAAUGACCUUGCUCUCUCAAACCAAAGCAUUUCUAACUCUCCCUUAAUGCCUAACAUGCUCCAGGCUUUGUCGAGGAGCGCAGCUUCUACUAGUUCUAAUUCUGCUUCUUCCUUUGCUGUCUUUGAUGGUGCAAACAGGAGGAAUCGGUUAAGCUUUAACAGUGAGGGUGUCAGGACCAAUGUGGCAGAGGGCAGCAGGAGGUUGGACUUUAUUGAUGAAAGUGCCAGUAAGGACAACGCCACAGCACCAGAACCAAAUGAAAGCGCAGAGGGGGAAGAUGGGGGCUACCUCUCCCAUCACCAGCACGCUGGAGCCCUCUGUGAGCUUGGGGUGGGGGAGUGCCCCUCGGGGAGCGGCGUGGAGUGCCCCAAGUGUGACACGGUCCUGGGCUCUUCGCGCUCCCUGGGGGGGCACAUGACCAUGAUGCAUUCUCGUAACUCGUGUAAGACGCUCAAGUGUCCCAAGUGCAAUUGGCACUAUAAGUACCAGCAGACGCUUGAGGCGCACAUGAAGGAGAAGCAUCCCGAGCCUGGCGGCUCGUGUGUCUACUGCAAAAGUGGGCAGCCUCACCCGCGCUUGGCGCGAGGCGAGAGCUACACGUGUGGUUACAAGCCUUUCCGCUGUGAGGUCUGUAACUACUCUACUACUACCAAAGGCAACCUCAGUAUUCAUAUGCAGUCUGACAAGCAUCUGAACAACAUGCAGAACCUGCAGAACGGAGGGGGAGAGCAAGUCUUCAGUCACACUGCCGGGGCAGCGGCCGCGGCAGCAGCAGCUGCAGCUGCCGCGGCCAACAUUGGCAGUUCCUGCGGGGCCCCCUCCCCCACCAAACCAAAAACCAAGCCCACCUGGCGGUGUGAGGUGUGCGACUAUGAGACAAAUGUGGCCAGGAACCUCCGCAUUCACAUGACCAGUGAGAAGCACAUGCACAACAUGAUGCUACUUCAGCAGAACAUGUCCCAGAUGCAGCACAACCGGCACCUGGGCCUGGGGGCCCUGCCCUCCCCAGCCGAGGCGGAGCUCUACCAGUACUACCUGGCCCAGAACAUGACUCUGCCCAACCUCAAGAUGGACAGCCCGGCCUCCGACGCCCAGUUCAUGAUGAGCGGGUUCCAGCUGGAUCCCACCAGCCCCAUGACGGCAAUGGCGACUCCGGCUCUAGUGGGCGGUGAAAUACCCCUAGACAUGCGGCUGGGGGGUGGGCAGCUGGUGUCUGAGGAACUGAUGAACUUGGGUGAGAGCUUCACGCAGACCAAUGACCCGUCCCUGAAGCUUUUCCAGUGUGCGGUGUGUAACAAAUUCACCACGGACAGCCUGGACCUGCUGGGACUGCACAUGAACAUGGAACGUGGCCUCCCUGAGGAGGAGUGGAAGGCAGUGAUGGGGGACUCCUAUCAGUGCAAGCUUUGCCGGUACAAUACCCAGCUCAAAGCCAAUUUUCAACUCCAUUGCAAGACAGACAAGCACGUACAGAAGUACCAGCUGGUGGCACACAUCAAGGAGGGUGGGAAGGCCAAUGAGUGGAGAUUGAAGUGCGUGGCCAUUGGAAACCCUGUACAUUUGAAGUGCAAUGCCUGUGACUAUUAUACAAAUAGCCUGGAGAAACUACGGCUGCACACGGUCAACUCGAGGCAUGAAGCGAGCCUGAAGCUGUACAAGCACCUUCAGCAGCAUGAGACUGGGGUAGAGGGAGAGAGCUGCUACUAUCACUGUGUCCUGUGUAGCUAUUCCACCAAGGCCAAGCUUAACCUCAUACAGCAUGUGCGCUCCAUGAAACAUCAGCGGAGUGAGAGCUUGCGCAAGCUGCAGAGACUCCAGAAGGGUCUUCCCGAGGAAGAAGAAGACUUGGGGCAGAUCUUCACUAUCCGCAAGUGCCCAGCCGCCGAUCCAGAAGAAUCAAUUGAAGAUGCCGAAGGACCCAGUGAAACAGCUGCUGACCCAGAGGAGCUCACUAAAGAUCCAGAAAGUGGAGGUGAUAAAGACCAGGGCAAGUGGCCAGCAUCGUCCAGCCAAGCUGAGAAGGAGCUCCCAGACUGUCCUGCAGCCUCCAAACGUGCAUCCUUCCCGAGUAGCUCGGAGCCCCCCCUCUCUUCCAAGCGACCCAAAACAUCAGAGGAGGCUAGAUCAGAGCAGAUGUUCCAGUGUCCAUACUGUAAGUACAGUAACACCGAUGUGAACAGGCUUCGGGUGCACGCCAUGACCCAGCACUCGGUGCAGCCCAUGCUGCGCUGCCCGCUCUGCCAGGACAUGCUGAACAACAAGAUUCACCUGCAGCUGCACCUCACCCACCUGCACAGCGUGGCUCCGGACUGUGUCGAAAAGCUCAUCAUGACGGUGACAACCCCCGAAAUGAUGAUGCCCAGCAGCAUGUUUCUCCCAGCCGCUGUUCCGGACCGAGAUGGUAGCUCCAACCUGGAGGAGGCAGGAAAGCAGCCUGAAACCUCAGAGGAUCUGGGGAAGAGCGUCCUGCCAUCGGAGAGCGUGGAACACAGCGGAGAACUGAAGCCCUCCCCCGCUGACCCAAGCUCUGCACGUGAGGAAUCGGGCUUCCUCUGCUGGAAGAAGGGAUGCAACCAAGUCUUCAAAACUUCUUCAGCCCUUCAGACGCAUUUCAAUGAGGUCCACGCAAAGAGGCCUCAGCUGCCCGUGUCCGACCGCCACGUGUACAAGUACCGCUGUAAUCAGUGCAGCCUGGCCUUCAAGACCGUGGAGAAGCUUCAGCUCCAUUCACAGUACCAUGUCAUCAGGGCGGCCACCAUGUGCUGCCUCUGCCAGCGCAGUUUUCGGACUUUCCAGGCCUUGAAAAAGCAUCUCGAGACGAGCCACCUAGAACUGAGUGAGGCAGACAUCCAGCAGCUUUACAGCGGCCUCCUGGUCAACGGAGACCUCCUGGCCAUGGGCGACCCAUCCUUGGCGGAAGACCACACCAUCAUUGUGGAGGAGGACAAGGAAGAGGAGAGCGACUUGGAGGAUAAGCAGAGCCCCGCUGGCAGCGAUUCCGGGUCGGUCCAAGAGGAUUCCGGCUCGGAACCAAAGAGGGCUCUUCCUUUCAGAAAAGGCCCAAAUUUCACAAUGGAAAAGUUUCUGGAUCCUUCCCGCCCUUACAAAUGUACAGUCUGCAAGGAGUCUUUCACCCAAAAGAACAUUCUGUUGGUUCACUAUAAUUCUGUCUCCCAUCUGCACAAGUUAAAGAGAGCCCUCCAGGAGUCUGCAACUGGUCAGCCAGAGCCUACCAGUAGCCCAGACAACAAGCCUUUUAAGUGUAACACCUGCAGCGUGGCCUACAGCCAGAGCUCCACCCUGGAGAUCCACAUGAGGUCUGUGUUGCAUCAAACCAAGGCUCGGGCAGCAAAGCUGGAGGCCGCUGGGGGCAGCGGGGCCAGCAACGGCUCGGGGAAUAGCAACAGCAUCUCUCUGGGAGCUUCCGCACCGAGUCCGGUCAACACGAGCGGGGGCAGCAGCACCUUCCCCACGACCAGCACAGGCAGUGCCAGCACUGCCCCGAGUUCCAGUUUGCUCAGCCAGGCAACAAGCGACGGUGUGGGCAUGCCGCCCCUUGGGAAUCCUGUAGCGGCCAACAUCGCCUCCCCUUCUGAGCCCAAGGAGGUCAACCGAAAGAAGCUGGCGGAUAUGAUCGCCUCCAGGCAGCAGCAGCAGCAGCAACAGCAACAGCAGCAGCAGCAGCAGCAGGCACAGACGCUGGCCCAGGCCCAGGCCCAGGUUCAGGCCCACUUGCAGCAAGAGCUGCAGCAGCAGGCGGCCCUCAUCCAGUCUCAGCUGUUUAAUCCCACCCUCCUGCCUCACUUUCCCAUGACCACGGAGACCUUGCUCCAGCUCCAGCAGCAGCAGCAUCUCCUCUUCCCAUUCUACAUACCCAGUGCCGAGUUCCAGCUCAACCCGGAUGUGAGCCUGCCUGUCACAAGCGGGGCAAGCCUGAUGCUGACAGGGACCGGCCCUACCCUGCUGGAAGAUUUGAAGGCUCAGGUCCAGAUCCCCCAGCAGAGCCACCAGCAGAUCCUGCAGCAGCAACAACAGAGCCAACUCUCCAUGGCCCAGACGCAUACUGCUCUCCUUCCACAGGGCCAGCACCCAGAGAAGAAAAGCAAACCCGUGGUCGUCAAGGAGAAAGACAAAGAGGGCCAGAGGGAAAGGGAAAACGUGGAGAGAGGAGAGGGGAACGCGGGCUCUAAGGAAUCCCUGCCGGACACCUUGAAGCCCAAAGACAAGAAAGACUUUGCGCCAGGAGGUGGUUCGGAGCCCUCGAUGCUCCCCCCGCGCAUUGCCUCGGACGCAAGGGGCAAUGCCACCAAGGCCUUGCUGGAGAACUUCGGCUUCGAGCUGGUUAUCCAAUAUAACGAGAAUAAGCAGAAGGUGCAGAAGAAGAGUGGAAAGACGGAGCCCGGUGACAGCUUGGAAAAGCUGGAGUGUGACUCGUGCGGCAAGCUCUUCUCCAACAUUCUGAUCCUGAAGAGUCACCAAGAGCACGUUCACCAGAAUUACUUUCCCUUUAAACAGCUGGAGAGGUUCGCCAAGCAGUACAGAGAACACUACGAUAAGCUGUAUCCGCUGAGGCCGCAGACGCCUGAGCCGCCGCCACCGCCCCCUCCCCCGCCACCGCCGCCUCCGCUGCCCGUGGCCCCUCCUCAGCCAGCUUCUACUCCUACUCUUCCCGCGCCAGCCCCACCUAUCGCUUCUCCCACGAUCACACCAGCCCAGCCAUCUGUGCCGCUCACGCAACUUUCUAUGCCCAUGGAGCUGCCCAUCUUCUCGCCGCUCAUGAUGCAAACCAUGCCCCUGCAGACGCUGCCAGCGCAGCUGCCCCCUCAGCUCGGUCCCGUUGACCCUCUGCCCGCCGAUCUGGCGCAGCUCUACCAGCAUCAGCUCAAUCCCAGCCUGCUGCAGCAGCAAAACAAGAGGCCCCGGACCAGAAUCACGGAUGACCAGCUCCGCGUCCUCAGGCAGUAUUUUGACAUCAACAACUCCCCCAGUGAAGAACAGAUCAAAGAGAUGGCGGACAAAUCUGGACUGCCCCAGAAGGUGAUCAAGCAUUGGUUCAGGAACACCUUGUUCAAGGAGCGUCAGCGGAACAAAGACUCGCCAUACAACUUCAGCAAUCCGCCCAUCACGAGCCUAGAAGAGCUCAAGAUAGACUCGCGGCCCCCUUCCCCGGAACCUCAGAAACACGAGUACUGGGGGAGCAAAAGAUCCUCCCGGACACGCUUUACGGACUACCAGCUGCGGGUCCUGCAGGACUUCUUUGAUGCCAACGCUUACCCGAAGGACGAUGAAUUCGAGCAGCUUUCCAACUUGCUGAACCUCCCGACCCGAGUCAUAGUCGUCUGGUUUCAGAAUGCCCGACAGAAGGCCAGGAAAAACUACGAAAACCAGGGAGAGGGCAAAGAUGGGGAAAGGCGAGAGCUUACCAACGACAGGUAUAUCCGAACGAGCAAUUUAAACUACCAGUGCAAAAAAUGUAACUUAGUCUUUCAACGUAUUUUUGAUCUUAUUAAGCAUCAGAAAAAGCUGUGUUACAAAGACGAGGAUGAGGACGGGCAGGACGAUAGCCAAAAUGAGGACUCCAUGGACGCCAUGGAACUGCUGACUCCCACCAGUUCCUCCUGCAGCACCCCGAUGCCCUCCCAGGCCUACAGCGCCCCGGCCCCAUCGGCCAACGCGACGUCUUCAGCCUUUCUGCAGCUUAACACGGAGGCUGACGAAUCCUCCACCUUCAGCUCGAAAAUAGAAGCUACAGAUGAGAAACCAAAGCAGCCUGAACCUCCCAGUUCACAGCCAAACCAAACCCAAGAGAAGCAAGUACAGCCAAAGCACGAGUCUCAGCAGCAGCAGCAGCAGCAGCCACCGCCGCCGCCGCCGGCGCCACUGCAAGACCAGCUGGAACAGAAGACUAGCACAGCCCAGCCGAAGAAUCCUGCGCUGUCCUCUCCAGCCCUGCAGCAGCCGCCCCAGCAGGUUCCUCCCCCUCAGUGUUCCCUACCCCAGUCAAGCCCCAGCCCAUCCUCGCAGCUCUCCCAUCUGUCUCUCAAGCCUCUUCACACAUCCACUCCCCAACAGCUGGCCAACCUACCUCCUCAGCUCAUCCCCUACCAGUGUGACCAGUGCAAGCUGGCAUUCCCCUCCUUUGACCACUGGCAAGAACAUCAGCAGCUUCACUUUUUAAGUGCGCAGAACCAGUUCAUCCACCCCCAGUUUCUGGACAGGACGCUGGACAUGCCUUUCAUGCUGUUUGACCCCAGUAACCCACUGCUUGCUAGUCAGCUGCUCUCUGGAGCCCUGCCCCAAGUCCCGGCCAGCUCGGCCACCUCCCCUUCCACACCAACCUCCACCAUGAACACGCUGAAGAGGAAGCUGGAGGAGAAGGCCAGUGCUAGCCCGGGGGAGAAUGACAGCGGGGCAGGAGGAGAGGAGCCUCAAAGAGAUAAGCGCUUAAGGACGACCAUUACCCCAGAACAGCUGGAAAUCCUCUACCAAAAGUACCUGCUGGACUCCAACCCAACCCGGAAGAUGCUAGAUCACAUUGCACACGAAGUGGGCUUGAAAAAGCGCGUGGUGCAAGUCUGGUUUCAGAACACCCGAGCUCGGGAAAGGAAAGGACAGUUUCGGGCUGUUGGCCCCGCCCAGGCCCACAGGCGGUGCCCUUUCUGUAGGGCGCUUUUCAAAGCUAAGACUGCCCUAGAGGCCCACAUCCGGUCCCGCCACUGGCACGAAGCCAAAAGAGCUGGCUAUAACUUGACUCUGUCUGCAAUGCUGUUGGAUUGUGAUGGCGGGAUACAGAUGAAAGGAGACAUUUUUGACGGAAGCGGCUUUUCCCACUUGCCACCCAGCAGCAGUGAUGGCCAGGGUGUUCCCCUCUCACCGGUGAGUAAAACCAUGGAGCUGUCCCCGAGAACUCUGCUCAGCCCUUCCUCCAUCAAAGUGGAAGGAAUAGAGGACUUUGAAAGUCCUUCCAUGUCCUCAGUUAAUCUAAACUUUGACCAAACCAAGCUGGACAAUGAUGACUGCUCCUCUGUCAACACAGCCAUCACGGAUACCACCACAGGCGACGAAGGCAAUGCAGACAAUGAUAGCGCAACAGGAAUAGCAACUGAAACCAAAUCAUCGUCAGCACCCAACGAGGGGCUGACCAAAGCCGCCAUGAUGGCAAUGUCCGAAUACGAAGAUCGGUUGUCUUCUGGUCUGGUCAGCCCAGCUCCUAGCUUUUACAGCAAAGAGUAUGACAAUGAAGGUACGGUGGACUACAGUGAGACGUCCAGCCUUGCUGAUCCCUGCUCCCCGAGUCCUGGUGCAAGCGGGUCCGCAGGAAAGUCUGGAGAUAGCGGAGAUCGGCCAGGGCAGAAACGUUUUCGGACUCAAAUGACUAACCUUCAGUUGAAAGUCCUCAAGUCAUGCUUUAAUGACUAUAGGACGCCAACCAUGCUGGAGUGUGAGGUCCUGGGCAAUGACAUUGGACUGCCAAAGAGAGUUGUUCAGGUUUGGUUCCAGAAUGCCAGAGCGAAAGAAAAGAAGUCAAAGCUAAGCAUGGCCAAGCAUUUUGGUAUCAACCAAACAAGUUAUGAGGGACCCAAAACAGAGUGCACUUUGUGUGGCAUCAAGUACAGCGCUCGGCUGUCUGUACGUGACCAUAUCUUUUCUCAACAGCAUAUCUCCAAAGUUAAAGACACCAUCGGAAGCCAGUUGGACAAGGAGAAGGAGUACUUUGACCCAGCUACUGUACGUCAGUUGAUGGCUCAACAAGAGUUGGAUCGCAUCAAAAAAGCCAAUGAGGUUCUUGGACUGGCAGCUCAGCAACCAGGAAUGUUUGACAACCCUCCUCUUCAAGCUCUUAACCUCCCCACGGCUUAUCCGGCAUUACAGGGCAUUCCCCCAGUGUUGCUUCCUGGCCUCAACAGCCCGUCUUUGCCAAGCUUCACUCCAUCCAACACAGCUUUAACAUCUCCCAAACCGAACCUGAUGGGUCUGCCUGGCACCACGGUCCCUUCACCUGGCCUUCCGACAUCUGGAUUACCAAAUAAACAGUCGUCAGCCUCGCUGAGCUCCCCGACCCCAGCACAAGCCACUAUGGCGAUGACCCCGCAACAACCCCCCCAGCCCCAGCAGCAGCAGCAGCAGCCUCCACCAGUGCAGCAGCAGCAGCAGCAGCAGCAGCCGCCUCCCCCACCAACACCACAGCAGCAGCAGCAGCAGCCACCACCUCCGCAGCAGCAGCAGCAGCGAAAGGACAAGGAAGUAGAGAAAAUGAAAGAAAAAGAAAAGGCACAUAAAGGGAAAGGGGAGACCCUGGCGGGCCCCAAGAAGGACAAAGGAGAGGCCCCCACAGCCACCCUCUCUGCCCCGUUACCCACAAUGGAGUACGCGGUGGACCCGACCCAGCUGCAGGCCCUGCAAGCAGCCUUGACUUCGGACCCCACCGCCCUGCUCACCAGCCAGUUCCUUCCUUACUUCGUCCCCGGCUUCUCUCCUUACUAUGCCCCCCAGAUCCCGGGCGCCCUGCAGAGCGGCUACCUGCAGCCCAUGUACGGCAUGGAGGGCCUGUUCCCCUAUAGCCCCGCGCUGUCACAGGCCUUGAUGGGGCUGUCCCCCGGCUCCUUGCUGCAGCAGUAUCAGCAAUACCAGCAGAGUCUGCAGGAGGCACUGCAGCAACAGCAGCAGCAAAGACAGCUGCAGCAGCAGCAGCCACAGCAGCAGCAGCAGCACCAACCACAGAAAGUACAGCAGCAGCAGCAGCAGCAAGCGCCCCAGCCGCAACAGCAGCAGCAGCCGCCCAAAGCAAGCCAAACCCCAGUCCCCGCGGGGGCUGCUUCCCCCGACAAAGACCCUGCCAAAGAAUCCCCCAAACCAGAAGAGCAGAAAAGUGCACCCCGCGAGGUGCCCCCCCUCCUGCCGAAACCCCCAGAAGAGCCAGAAGCAGAAAGCAAAAGUGUGGACUCCCUCUCCGACCCCUUCAUUGUUCCAAAGGUGCAGUACAAGCUGGUCUGCCGCAAGUGCCAGGCGGGCUUCGGCGACGAGGAGGCGGCCACGAGCCACCUGAAGUCCCUCUGCUUCUUGGGCCAGUCGGCGGUGAGCCUGCAGGAGAUGGUGCUCCACGUGCCCACGGGCGGCGGCGGGGGGUCCGGCGGCGGGGGCGGGUCUGGCGGGGGCGGCGGGGGCCCUUACCACUGCCUGGCCUGCGAGAGCACCCUCUGCGGGGACGAGGCGCUGAGUCAACAUCUCGAGUCGACCUUGCACAAACACAGAACAAUCACGAGAGCAGCAAGAAACGCCAAAGAGCACCCUAGUUUAUUACCUCACUCUGCCUGCUUCCCCGGUCCUGGCACCGCAUCUACCUCGCAGUCUGCCGCUCACUCCAACGACAGCCCCCCGCCCCCCUCCUCCUCCUCCUCUUCCUCUUCCUCCUCCUCCGCUUCCCCCCACGCCUCCUCCAGAAAGUCUUGGCCUCCAGGGGUCCCUCGGGCUUCGGUUGGGAAGCCUGCUUCUUUUCCUCCUCUCUCCUCAUCUUCAACGGUUACCUCAAGUUCAUGCAGCACCUCAGGGGUUCAGCCCUCGAUGCCAACAGACGACUAUUCGGAGGAGUCUGACACGGAUCUUAGCCAAAAGUCCGAGGGGCCAGCCAGCCCGGCCGAGGGGCCCCCGGCCCCUAGCUGCCCCACCCAGGACCCUGGUCUAGCUAGUGUAGGAAUGGACCCCUUCAGAUUGUAAGCUUUGAAGAUGAACAAUUUAAAACACACACACACACACACACACAAACACACACACACACACAAAUGAAUUUAAAUAAAAAAAAUUAAUAACAAACCAAUUUCAAAAAUAGACUAACUGCAAUUCCAAAGCUUCUAACCAAAAAAAAAAAAAGGAAAAAAAAGAAAAAAAAAAGAAAAAGAGUGGGUUGUUUUCCCAUAUAACUAUCUAUGCCGGUGAUUUUACAUUCUUACCUUUUUUUUUCUUUUACUAUGAAAUACCAACUCUUGUUACAUUUGUCCUUUUGAAGGUACUAUUGGUCUGGGAGACAGAAGUCCAUAGGGCCUCCUCAUUGUCUUUGGAGCUUACACCCCCUUGUAUAUUGCCCCUUUUCGAUAACGCCCCAAUUGAUAGCACAGCAGAGUCCGGCAUGCACUGUAUGGGAAAGCAGUCCACCUUGUUACAGUUUUAAAUUUCUUGCUAUCUUAGCAUUCAGAUACCAAUGGCUUGCUAAAAGAAAAAAGAAAUGUAAUGUCUUUUUAUUCUCAGGUCAAUCGCUCACACUUUGUUCUGUUUUCAGAAUCAUUGUUUUAUAUAUAUAUAUAUAUAAAUAUAUAUAUUUUCUUUUUUUUGUUCCAGAAAAGAUUUUUUUGUUUGUUAAUUUAAAAAUGGGCAGAAAGUAUUCGAGAAAAAAAAACAAUGUGAACUGCUUUAGCUUUCUGGGGAUUUUAAGGAUAGCUUUUCUGCUGAAGCCAAUUUCAAGGGGAAAAGUUAAGCACUCCCACUUUUCAGAAAAAAAAAUAAUAAACACACAAAGAGUGUUGAGGACUUGUAGCUAAAAAAAAAUAAGUUUUAAAAAAACUGACUUUCUGUAUUUAUGAUAGAUAUGACCAUUUUUGGUGUUGAGUAGAUUGUUGCAUUGGAAAUGAACUGAAGCAGUAUGGUAGAUUUAAAAGAAAAAAAAUCUUUUGUGUACAUUUAGCUUUUGUAUGGUCCAGCUGACAGCUCCUCAUUUGAUGUUGUCUUGUUCAUUCCUAGCAGAUAGAUUGCAAUCUGUUGAUUCGCCGAAGCUUUUCUCCCCUUUGUCCCUUUCUUCCCCCAUCCCCCAUCCUGUAAUCUUCCACUUAAGGUGGCUGCCUUCGUUUCUUAGAGGGUGGCUGCAUAAUUAUUUUAUAAAAACUAAAGAAGUUCAAAGGGUUUUUGGGGUCACUAGGAUCCUCACAGAAUAUUUUUGGUUGGGGAGUUGAAACUUUUUAAGGCGUAUACAUCCUAGUUACCUAUGUCUGUUUGUUACCUUCGUGCACUUAUCUUUUAUUUUUCUUUCCUCUGUUGUUUUUUUUUCUUCCUUCCCGUCUUCCUUUCCUUGUUUGGUAGAUGCUUCAAAGAUUCUUUUCCUAAAACAAAAGCAUUUAUUUCUGUUUGUGUAAUUGGGCUGCGCACUUUUUUUUUCCCAAACAAAUUUUUUGGUUAGGGGUUUAUUUUGGUUUUGGUUUGUUUUGGAUUUUUUUUUCCUCUCAAAAAAAAAAAAAAGAAAUUUCAUGCUUUAAAUAAAAUCCAAAGACACACCCUUUCACUGCUGGUGCAGGAAGAGGGGGAAAGGGUUCUUGUUACUUGAGAAUUUGUUUCUGAAUUAAACAAAACAAGACUAAGUUUAAAUAAAGGAAAAAAAAGAGAAAAAGAUUUCCCAGGUUAUCAUCUGUGCUGCUUCUGCAAGCAGAGAGGCAGCUGUUAAUGACGAUUCCACAUACCAAAAGACACGUUUUUACUUCAGAGUUUUGUCCUUGUGUUAGGCAGUCUGAGCGGUGAAUGAUCUAGAAGGGGCAGCCAGCCAAGAAUCAGAUAGCGGUGUACAGAAGAGCAAAACCCAGCAGACACACAGAAAAGGGAACCGGACAUAAGGCACUUGUGCUUGUCAAUCUCUGUAUUCCUGUAACACAACACAAUGCAACGCGCCCUUUCUCAUCUUUAAAAGUCUGGACUUUGAAAGGAAAACUUUGUGCUGCUAAAAAUGUAGAUUUCGGAGACAAAUGCUUUGCUGUUUCACUUUCGUAGCCAAAAGUCAACAGAAACAAUCUCCCCCACCCCACCCCUUUGCCCGGAAAGUGUGAGAUCCUCCCUUCCUCUCUCUUCUUCUCCCCCCCCCAAUCCCUUACCUCCCUUUUCUUUCUACUCCUUAUGUUUCAAAAGGGAACUUUGAAGACUGUGAAUCAGGUUCCGUCGCUUGGUCCCCUUUCCGGCUGCUUUCCCCAGUGCUGAAGCCACUCAUUCAUCGGCUUUGCAAAAGACUGGAGCAUUCCACGAUAGGAAAAUGGAUUUCAUUUUUUUUUAAGCCGGGACUGUUUUUAUUUUUAUGAGGUUUUUGUUUUUAGUUUAAUGAAAGAGCAGAUCCUGAACUGUUGUACAUAUUUCUAACUAGGCUGAUGCACAGUGCAAAUUCCUUUUUUUAAUUGUUUUUUUUAAAGUAGAAAAUACUAAAGAGUACCAUCUAAAUAUUCAUACCAGUAUCCAGUUGUAGCAUAAGGUGUCAAAAACAAAUACACAAACCAUUUGCUGUUUUAACAAGCUGUUUUCUUUUGACAGAAAUUCUUGUAUUUCUCCCUGUGUUUGAGAUGAACAUUUUUUAAAUUCUAAAGUUGUACAGUUUUUUUUGUUUUCCAUUAUUUUAUCUUGUUUGUAAUUCUAUGAAAUAUAUAUAUAUAUAUUUUUUGCCAUUUAACUGUUGUAUGUUACUCUGUGUCUGUAUCAUAUAGAAUUUUUUGUUUGUUUCGUUCUCUAUGUGAUACCAAUUAACAAUUUAACACUAGCUUUAUCUGUCAAAUUCUGCUAGGUCUCUUCUGAAACUUUUUUUAAAAUGAUAUUGCUUGGUAAUAGUGCAAUUUCUACCCCUCCUCCCCCAACUUUUAAUUCCUUUCCUUGAAUUUUUUUCCAUCCCUCAGGAUUUGGAAGAUGGGGUGUUAGGGUGUUCUCAUAACCCCCCCCAAAAAAAAACCAGAUUACAUCCUCCCUCUGUGGCAGGUCAGAUGCAGUAGGAUGGUGUUAGUGCCCAGCAUGCAGGCAAGGACCAGGCACUCUUCCUGGUUUUCCCUGGCCUGUGCAAGCAUUGGCAAAUAGCAGUGGGGUUGGGGAAGCCUUAAUUUUCACCUAAUGAUUGUUUCCCAGAUGUUAAUGUGACUAGCUAAACUUAGUUCAACCCUGAGUAGGAUGCACAGUAAAUGAUUUUUUUUCAGUCACCAGAAUUCUCUACUUGGAAGCCAACCCCAGGAAUAGCAGAACAGUGAUAGUUAAAGAGUGAAAACUAAAAUUCUUCUACCCAAGGUGGCUGAAUGGCCAGUGUGAUUGUUUUGGGGGUUUUUUAGCAGGCAAAUUAACUUCCAAAUUUAUUUGUGAAUAGACAGAUAUCUUGAUUUCAGUUUAGAGUACUUUCCAUCUGGGAAUUAGUUCUGUCUGCUGCCUGGUAGAAGGAUGAGUGUUAUUCUGUAACUUCUUUUUUCAAAAUCAGCCCACCCCUCCAAUUUUUUUUUUUUGAUCCUGAACAUGGUUUCCAUCUUCUUCACCCCAGGCAGAAGGGCGAUGUUGCUGGAUUGGCUGGGACUGUUUUUGUCAUAGUACCAAGUGAAUCCACGGAGUUCCCCUUCUUUCUUCCACCCCUUGAAAAAGGUGGGAGAAGGUAGCCUUCCAUCUCCCAAAUCCCCUCCCCACGCACACUCCCCUAAAUCCUCACAAUACAAGGAAAAGAUUUAAAACACUUAGCAAGUUUUUCGUUUGUUUUUAAAUUAAAAGCUAUUUAAAGAGAUGAAUGUGGCCAAAGUUUUACACAAUUGAAAAUAAAGUAAAACAGUUGGCAUGUGUUAAAGAAACCUGAGUUUAUCAGGCAUGUCAGGAAGAUGCAGGAAAGAGAGAGGCAGUAACCCAAGCCAGUGCACUUGACGCUCAUGGACAUAUAUUUUUUUUAAAUAAUAAAUUAAAUUAAAACAUUUUAAAUAGAAGCAGAAAUUGAGUCGGUUGGUUGGUUUGUCGGCGCUGAGAUACUGCCCACUGUGAAACACAAAGCUUUGCCUAGUUUUUUUUUUUGUUUACUUUCUUUUGUGGGGGGGAGGGGGGCGAGUUUGGGUAGGACAGAAAAACGUAAAUGAACGUUACCCUGAGGUGAAGAGGUAUAUGAACAGCCUUUGCAAUGUACAAAAAAAAUAGAGCAAAUGAAACCAAAAAAUGAUGUUCUUGGUGUUUUUCUAUAAUGUAGUCUUGUUAGCUUUUUUUGUUACUGUAACAAUGCUGAUCUCGAACUGUACCAAAAUACAUGGAGACUAACAGAAACCACAUGGAACUUUCAAAACCUAAAAAAAAAAAAUUUGUCACAAAAAAACUUUGUUGUCAUAGUUAAGUUGAUUGUAGAUGGUAAUUGAAUAUACUCCUUUGAAAAUA